AAAUAGGGCUGGUUCAGCUGAAGGCUGGUUCAGCUGAAAGCUGCUCCAACUCCCAGCAAAUUAAUAACACACACACAGAAAGAAGAAAACACAGCUUAGGAUCUGGAGUCGUGCAGAGCAGUGCGAUUAGCAGGAGAGUCACAUUACUCCCUGCCAAAGUAAGAAACAGCACAGACCUCGUAAUUAAUUGAGUCAAAAGAGGCUCAUUCGGUUUAAGGCUGUUACCACAAGAGAAAAAACUUUUACUGACAGGACAGGACACCCCCCCCCCCCCCACCACCCACCACCCACCACCCAAUCUCCCCAACCAUUUCCCGAUAAAAGAAGUAUCCAAACUUAAACAGAUCCCUUUUGGGCAAAAAAAACAAUUGGACCGUUCACAACGAAAUGCUGUAAUGAUGCCAUGAUUUGUUUUUGAUUUGAAAAAAACCCUGAAAAUUUUACUGAAGUAAAGGAGAAAAUGAGGCAACUGGUAAAACUGCUGUUGUGGCAUUUCCUGCUCUUAAAAGUGAAAUUUGCCUUGGCCUACACUAAUGUUCCUGCAAAUGCAAUGAACCCAGAUAGCAUUGUGUUGGCAUACCAAAACAUGUCUGCUCCCGCUGGGUCGGAAGUUGUACUGCAGUGCUACAGUCAGCGGAUAGUAUGGACACAGGACCGUUUGAAAGAUCGUCAACGGGUGGCCCAUUGGGACUGGUUCUCAAUUGGUGGUGAAUACAAGGUCGAUCGUAUUCUUGAUAUGUUCUCAGCAGGUGAACAGCGGCUUUAUAACAUCUAUGACCAGGGACGGAUAAUGAUGUCACCCUCUGCUUUCUCCAAUGGAAACUUUUCUUUAAUAAUAAAAGAUGUUAGAAUAAAUGACCGAGGGAUUUACUCAUGUAAUCUCCACCAUCAUUACUGUCACCUUUACGAAACCGUCAAAGUUCAACUCAAUAUCACCAGAUCAGCAAAAAAAGUGAAGAGGUUUUGGGAUGGAGAGAAGGCAGUUGUGGUGGCAUUACUUGGUACUACUGUGGUACUGCCCUGUGAAAAUUACAACCCUAUUUGGACAGAGAGACACAGUGAAGAAGAGCAGCAGGUAGUCCAUUGGGACAGAUCACCUCCAGGUGUUUGGCAUGACCAGGCUGACCGUCUGAUUGACCUCUAUGCUUCUGGGGAACAGCGAUCUUAUGGUCCCCAGUUUAUUAGGAAAAGGAUGAAUAUAUCAGAGACUGCAUUCAAAGAUGGUGACUUCUCACUGACCAUUUCUAACCUUCGCUUUAGUGAUGAGGGACUCUACUCGUGUGAUUUGCACCACCAUUACUGUGGAAUUCAUGAGAGACGCAUCUUCAGACUUUUUAUUACGGAGCCAAUCAAAGUGAACUUUACAUAUAAAACACCAUCUACAUCAGUUGAAAUCCCAAAAGUCAUCAAUGUUUUUAUUCCGGAACAUUCUUCACAUUUUCUUCAGCAACUUGGAUAUGUCCUGGCAACACUGAUGCUGCUGGUCAUUUUGAUAACCAUCAUUGCCCUGAUUACCCGCCGACAGAAAAAGAGAGGUCUUCAAUACAAUGUGAAGAUGUCUCAACCGAGAGCAGAAGUUAACCUCAAUGAUUUUGUGAUCGAUACGACUGAUCUAAGACCAAACAAAAAUGAAGAAAUAAAACUUGGUACGUGCGCCAAUGCAGACUACAAGAACAACAUACUAAAGGAGAAAUUUGCAUUGUCCAGAGAGAAGGUGGAGCUGCUCAGGGACGUUCCUCCAAAGAACUUAGAUAGAGAUUUUGAGAAGAAAUACUGGAAAUAAAGAAAAUGAUGCUGCUGGCUGGAUCCAGAAGCUGAACAGUGAAGGGCCUAUAUGAGGAAAUUAGUUGCCUUUUAUCAAUAUCCUUCAGUAAUACAGCGCUUAAUCAAAGUAUACAUAUCAAUGGUAUUAACACAAAUUUCCCAAACCUGUGCAGCAGAUUUUGUGGAACCACAACCUGAAACUGCCUUAUCAGGAACCUUUCAUUUAUCUGACACUUCUCUCAUUCCAGACCUGGAAUGGUUUAGUUUGAUGGGGGAGACGAGCACUAGUAAACAACUAGCUUCAAUAUCUUUGGUUAAAGGGGGAAUAGUACAUUUCCAGUAGCUUGUAGGACAAAACUAUGAUGUUAGCUGGGGAAUGGUAGAAAUUUUGGGAGUGUCAAAAUACAAGGGUAAGUGCUCCUUUCAAAAUUGUUGGUUCUGGUUUUACUUGAAAUGAAGGAAUGAUUACCAUAAUGCAGGACCUGCAAGAACAAUACUCCAACUCAGCACAGUUACCUUCAAGGUUGAUCAGCUGAAGAACCAUCCAACUUACAGUUAGCAACAGAAAAUGCUGGAAGUACUUAGCACAGAUGCUGCCAGAUCCACAAUGUGUCUCCAGCUCAUUUUGUUUUUUUUCAAUUUUCUAGCAAUUACAGUAGUUUGCUUUUGUGUUAUAAUUAACAUUAGUAUAGAUCUCUAGAUUUGUGGUCUCUCCAUCCCUCUAGCUCAUAUUCAUCACUCUCCCUCCACCCACUAUUUUCAAUUUUGCAAUUUGUCUAUGCUCCAUUUCCAAUGCUUAAUUGUGUCUAUUCAUUCAUCUCCAGCUCUAUGUCUCUAUUCCUGCUUUGUUAAUUUUUAUGUUGAUCCUCUGUUUCCAAUCACCUGAUGUGGCAAAUUCUUCAUCUCCAAUUCCACAUUAUGUCUUUUCAUAUAAUCUUAGUCUGUUCAUCCUCUAUCCCUAACCUCCUCAGUCCAUCUUCAAUCCUUAAACAUGUCUAUCCCUCCAACUUGUUCUUCAGUGAGUCUGUCCCUAUCUUGAUUCACUGCAAUUGCUCUGUCUCCAUUUCAGAGUGUCUCUCCUAUAAUAUUUAUUUGUAAUCUCGUCCCUUGGUAUGUCAAUCUCACUUUUUUGUUCUUCAUCUCCACAUCUGAGUGCUUCAUUCUGACUGACCAGUCCUUAGUUUCUUUCAAAAAUGAAUUUUCUUUCAAAUAUUCAUUUUCUCCUAUCAGAAAUCAAGUUGUAAGUCUCGGGAAAUGAAAUGUUCCAAUCAGUGUGCAAUGAAUGAUUUCUAAAAUGUGCUGCAUAUAAUUGUUACCUCCCCCCAUGUAAUCCAAAAUUGCAAUAAUUGUGAUAACUGAUACAGAAACUGUGUUAUUCAUUAUAUACAUUUAUACAAGAUCAACAGUGUGUGAUAAUUAUUCAAUGUAUUUGUCUAGUUUUAUACAAGCUGCCAUUUCAAAAAUCACAUUGCUAUACCUCUGUAACCCACUCAGUUCACAGUUACUGAGACAGCACAGAUUUCAUCUUACCCUUCCAUCUCUCACUCUGUUUCAUUUACAUUUGAUUGCAUCUCAAAUCACAUAAAGGAUUCAGUGCUGGCCUGUGGAAUUCAGUCUGACCUCAGCCUGGAGAUAGAUCUUGCUGGCCAAGGAUCAGUAAUGCUGGCCUGGGAAACAGGGAUCACCCUAGGUUACAUGUCGCAGCAUGGGAUCAGUGGUAAUGAGCCUGGAAUCAGUACAUAUUCAUACAUACUGUACAGCAUCAACUGUGGCCAAAAUGAUUGUGACAUAAGACAGGAAAGAGACUGGGUGAUUAUUUCCAGAACAAGUAUAAACAAGAUUGGUGUUAUAAAAAUAAAAUACUGUUCAAUCACUCAUUCAUUCAUUGUUAUUCUAAGCACCCGAUUUUUUUUUAAUAAUAAAAAUUAAUAUGUUGAAUUGGUCUCCAUAUGUUAAUGACAUUUUAAAAGAAAAAUAGGUUUACAAGAUCAGAUGAUAUUGUUUCAAAGUCAAACAUUUUCUUCGGAUUUGUUUUUAAUUGAUGUCAAGCUGGGACACUACCAAGAUCAGGUUGGAGAGAAAGCCUCAUAAAGAAGCCGGCACAAAGCUUGGUUUUUAUAGACUGAGGAAUGCAAAAGGGAAGGGUGUGAAGUGUUCCACAGUUUGGUUGCGUGGGGGAAAUGAGUUACAGCAAGAAAUGAUGUGAUGGCUCUUGAUGUCAAUGUAAUGAGAAUGAUGGGAAAAGGAAAAGGGAAUAGUCAUGUAUUCAUAUUUUGCCCUACACUUUUUAAACUUUUUAUCCUUCUACCUAAUGAUAUUUCGGUAUAGGGUUUAACUAUUAUUUCAAUCAUGUACACACAAUUAGGAAAUCACUGUUGUUCACAAGAAAGUUUAAGUAUGGUGCUGUGGGAGAGGUGCCAUUUCCUCCCACUCUUGGCUGCAUGUAUUUUGUAGUUCAAUGCCUGUGAUGGUGUUGAUAGCUAAAUAAAACUGGCAAAUUGGUACUGAGUAGAUUGCCGAGACCUUAAUAACAAUGUCCAGUCUGGGUUGUAGAAGUUGUACUUUUGCUAACUUGACAGGGCAAACUAAUUCCAUUGUCUCACUCUUUUCUGCUUCUGACUUGCAAGAACAUCCAGCAGUUUCCAAUCCUUUAUUAAGAUAUAUUAUACUGUGAACUCUUUUUAUUGGAAAUAAUGCAUCAAAACUUCAUUCAUCACAAUCUUCCCAGUAUAAUAAAUUUCAAACUCUUGAGCCAGCAAGGACUUGCUUAUAUGGUCUAUGAAUUUAACUCUCCAAUAAGAGCAACUUAGACCAGCCUCCAGUUUUCAACAGUAAAUGUUGUCAUCCAAAUCCAAAUAAAAUAAAAGGCAGGAUGAGGGCAAAGCAAAAUGUAAGAUAUGUCCGGGGAGGAAAUUGAUAAACAAGGGCUGACGGAGAUAGAAUCUGCAUGUUGCAGUGUGUGAAGUAGUGCAGGGUUUGCACAAAAAUAAGUGAGAUCAAGAGCCAAAUUUUGUUAUUGUCUCAGUUAUCAUGCAAUGUGUGGUGAGACAGGAUCAUUGCAAAGAGUAGAUCAGCCAGCUGCAAGGGAUGGGAGUCAAAGGAGAACGGGGGUUAGAUUUGGUUCAGUACAGGUAUAUGGGUAGGAUAGUGGAUGGGAUUGAGUCAUUACAUGGUGUGAGGAAGGGUAUGUGAGAUUGGGGCAGAGCUGAAUUGGAUUUUGAUGGGGUUUGGGGCAGAGUAAAUUUGGGAUUAGCUCCAUGCUGGCAUUGGAAUUGACAUUCGGACUAAGGCUGCACAGAAGAAAGCUCAAAUUUCUUAACUAAGAUAAAAUUUCACCUUAAUAACGAAUUACAUCAAUUCACAAAAACAAACAGGAAAUGGGAAAGAAAAUACAUUUUUUGAGUAUUUAGCUUUUCAUUACAAUAAUUUCAAGAUAGAUUGCUCAAACCUGGGUUGAGAGAAGUAACUCAUAAGGUUUUGAGUACAAUGUUGACAAAAACAUUAAAUUAUGCAUUAAACAACAAGGCUUUAGUUUUUAAGUCUGCUUGUGAGCAGUUGGGCAGGGGCAUGGAAGAGACCUUACUGUAUCACGAUCAGGUAAUUAAACAUAAUAACUUUUAAUUUUAAAUUGUAAUAAUUUUGCUAUGGCGAAUGCCCCUGCACUAGGCCAGAAUCUAAUACUCAAAAUUGUGACCUGAUAAAAUAGUAGACUCUGUGACUUAAAUUUAAUAAUAUGUGAAGAGAGGUCUGAGCUGUGGGACUCCUGGCAGCUGAUCCAAGGCAAAAUCUACCAGAUUCCCAAGGUGAGUGACUCUUUUGACAGUCCUUGUGAGCAAAACUGUGCCCCUCAAGGAAACCUUAAGCUUAUACCAACCCCAAUUACCACCCCAACUAAUGUCAGAACCUAAUAUAGAUUUUGCAAUAUUGUAGUGGUGGGAAGGAAGAUGAAUGGAAACAGGCCAGAUUUAUUUACUUCACAGGAAGGUUUCAAAUGUGAAAAAAAUUGACUAUGUUGAAGGCUUUUUUCGGAAAGCAUAUGAGGCAGAUAAGAUGGAAUAUGUUCUAGUUCUUUACAUUCCUGUUUUCCUAGACUAUAGGAGCUUAUUCAGCUGUUACUUGUCCCCUUAACCUCCUAUUUCUCGCACUUCAUGCAGUUAUUUUACUUUUUUAAAAUUAUAUUAGGAAAUUAUUUGAUUUGCAUAUUUGUUUGUCUGACAUUGAACUGCUGUCCCUGCUUCCAGUACUUCACCUGUCAUGCAUUAAAACAUCAGCUUUGGUUUGCAAUCUGACUGGUGCAGCUAUUGCAAUUAGUGUAACAUGGGCUAUGGUGUAUGAAUAUGAAAAGUGUCACUCUGUAUUGUAUUCCUACAUAAUAGCCUUGUGGAAAUUAUCAGGAGUUAGAUUCCAAGGAAAGUGUGCAUAGUGCCAGUUUAAAAAUGUUGGAAAUUGGUGCCUUCUCACCAACCAAUCGAAGCACGCUAUUAUUAUAUCCUAAUCUCAAAUGCAUUGUAGUGUAUGUGUGUAUGCUUGCUUGAUACUGUUCCAAAGAAUGCUGUUAAAUGGGCAAAUGUUGAUGAAUUUAAAUAAAGAGAUCAAUAUGC